AUGAGUAAAAUAAAUAUAACACGCGAAUGUCAAAACUUUACAGUAAAUGAAGAACUACGAGAUAACAUGACAUUUAGAAUACAAAAUCGUUUUUCCGAUUACUGUUUAGAUGUGGCAUUGACAGAUGAAUAUUGUUUAAAAUUAAAGAAUAUUUUCUCUAUAGAACAACAAGCAUUUGAAGAAGUUUUUCUUGAUAUACAUAAAAAAAAGAUAAUAAAUGAAAAAUUACAUAAUUCUGCAGUGAGAAUAGGUAAAUUUGUUAAUGAUUUUAAUUUUUUAUCUUUGACAUAUUCAAAAGUUUUACCUAUCGUUCCUGAUGAUCAUAACAUACAUCUUUAA